UUCAUGUGUACUUCCCGACGGUAGGCGGCGCUCUGUUAGAGAAAAUACACCAAGCCUCGGCUCGUUUCCUUCCGUUGGUGUUGACUGACAAUGACGGCCUCCAUGCGGAUCGCUAGUGUGCGACUCUUGUCGAAGACAAGACACUAUUUCUCAUCCGAGGUCGCUGUUCAGCCGGGUGCCCGUACAGUUCACCACCAACCUGCAUCGACACGGUUCGUCUUCACGUCUGUUCGAUGCAACGUUUGCUUGAUACCUGUAGCCUUCCUUCACAAAGGACGUGCCUAUGGCACGCAGUCUUCUUCCGUUACAGUCACAGAGGAACCUGACCUUCUGUUCCAGAAACUGUCCGUGUUGGUUAAAAGCCAUGAUAAAGCUGUUCUGGACAGUUAUGAGUUCUUUGCGACUCUAGCAGCAAAAGAACUUGGCUUAACCUUGGCUAAAGUAUUUGAACCUCCAAAGAACAUAGAGAGACUUACACUUCUGAAGUCGGUGCACAUUUUUAAGAAACACAGGGUCCAGUAUGAAAUGAGGACACACUACAGAUGCAUUGAGAUUUCUAGGAUAACAGGCUCCACUUCACGGGUAUACCUGGAGUACAUUCAGCGCAACCUGCCAGAGGGAGUGGCCAUGGAGGUCACUAAGACUGCUAUAGAGAAAGUUCCAGAUCAUAUCCAGAUGCCUCUGUGGAGUGUCCAAAGCCAAGAAAAGCAAGGCAGUCAAUAAUUACCUUUUUAUUAGCUGUUGCUACUGAUGAGUAAUGUAAAUUAAAUAAAGAUGGAUUCUAUAAUGGAUAACUGAACUUGUGUAUAUAAUACACUGUGUGUAUAAGUGUAAGCUGACGUGUUCCUAUUGCAUUGCCCAUAAUAAAGGGGAUUACAAUGG